AUGAGCUCUCAGGAUGAGCAGUUCCAAGCAGCAGCCCCUGACCCAGCGGCUUCCUCCGCCGAUGAUGGCAUGACCUGGUGGUACAGGUGGCUCUGCAGGAUUGCCGGGGUCGUCGGGGGCAUGUCCUGUGCCUUCGCUGGUCUCUGGAACUGUGUCACCAUCAACCCGCUGAACAUCGCGGCCGGCGUGUGGAUGAUGCUCAACGCCUUCGUCCUGUUCCUGUGCGAAGCCCCGUUCUGCUGCCAGUUCAUCGAGUUUGCAAAUGCCGUCUCUGCGAGGGCGGACAAGCUGCGACCCUGGCAGAAAGCUGCUUUCUACUGCGGGAUGGCUGUGUUCCCGGUCAUGCUUAGCCUGACGCUGACCACGCUCUUCGGAAACGCCAUUGCGUUUGCCACCGGGGUGCUUUAUGGCCUGUCGGCGCUCGGCAAAAAAGGAGAUGCCAUUUCCUACGCCCGGAUCCACCAGCAGCAGAAGCAAAUGGAUGAAGAGAAGCUCACAGGGGCCCUAGAGGGACAGGCUCUCUGAAGCACGUGAGCUCCUGGACACUGAGAUGGUGAAGAUACAGAAAUCCACUCUGCCCUUCCCUCUGCCCGCUCCCCUCUCUGUUAUGCCAUGAUUUUCCUGGACACUGCAGCAACUGGAAAUCUCAGGGGCUGGGGCAGGCUGUGCCCUCUUCUCACACCAGCAGCCAGACCUCAGUGUGUUGGCCCCUCUCUCCUCAACCCUCAACCAAGUAUCUCACAGUCCCCCUAUUUUUUAAUUUUAAUUUUUUUUUGCUGCAGAGGUGCUGGCUCUUUGAGUGCUGCUUUACAAGCCCGAAUAGGUAGCCUUUCUUUGGAGUGAUGCCUGAUAACGAGCUGAGGAUGCAGAGCUCAUUUGGGAACUGCUCUCCGGAUGGGGUGAGGAGGAACAGAGCUGAUGUGCCAGCUCCUUGCCUGUGCUGGUCUCACGGGAGUCAGGGAGCUGCUGGCCUCAUGCCUGGGGGUAACCUGCCAUUGCACAUUACACAUUUUUAGUAACACUCUCUGGUGUGGCCCUUCCCAGGUGUAAUGCACUAAUCCAGGGUUUAGCAGUACAUGGUGAUGCUUAAGCUUGGUCUUCUUCCACUGAGUAUAUUUUAAUAUGGGUCCAGUUAGACCGGGCACUGGAGGCAUUGCUGCUUGGGAAGGGACUUCCAGCAAAAAACCCGUAUAAAGACAAUAACCAUCUCUGCAGAGGAGCUGCCAGGGGUGCUGGGGCAGAUCCUGAUACCUACAAAGCACAGUCCCCCCUUCCUCUGGAUACAGCUGCAGGCACUUGCUGCAAUUUACUUGAAUUAUAAGAAUUAAUUACUUUGUCUUAAUAAGGGUACUUUUCUUAAGCUUCACUCUUUUACUGGGGAAGAAGGGAAGUGAGGUUUGCUUUACCUCAGCUGAAGAAGGGUACUAUUGCUUAAGCCAAGUGGGGGUUUUUUGCUGGUGUAAGGGUUACUGAUGUGCAAGAGUAUCCUUCCCUCGUGAGCCCGGGACUCUGCUCUGCUCUCUCUUACUCCCUGCAUCUGCUGCUGCUGCUCCCAUGACCCAUCCCUCUGCGCAAGGGACCUGCUCUGUGCUUCUGUCUGGUACAGCCUUUCUCUUUGGGCUCCUGCUCUUUUUGCAUCAGUCCUGGGCUGGUUUUGUAUGGGAAGGUGGCAUAUCCUUCCUUUGCAAGCAUAGAGAAGUCUGCACCAUUUCAGUGUGGAUAGCUGGGAUGUCUUGCUUCUUUAUUCCAGGCUCCAUCAGUGGUUUUCACAUCAUAUUUUCUGUUUGCUUUGUAUCAUGCAAAGCAAAACUGCUCGCUAAGGCCUCUCCUAGCGAUCCCCCUCUUCUUGUCAGGGUUUCUUCUGGGGGUUUUAAUUUAUUUGAUUUUUACAUGAUUGCUUUAUGUUUUGAUUAGGAAAAGGGGGAAUAAUUUAUUUCUAGUUAUUUAAGUAUUUUGAUGGGACUCAUUUUCUCUAGACAUAGGAGAAAGGAGUGCUCUGUUUCCUGUCCUUCAAAGACUGCCUCAUUUCAUUGGGGUGGUCUCUCUCAACCCAGGGAGAGCCCUGGCUGCUGUAACUGGGAUGCUGUAACUGGGAUGCUGUAACUGGGAUGCUGUAAAAUCCUAUUUCAGCCUUCAGAGCGUUUCUCAGACUUUUGGAAAGUGUGUUAUCCUUUGACCCCUUUGUCUUCUUCUGGGCCACUGGCUUGACAAAGUUUGUUUUGCCCCUUUUCUGAGAGAGAGAAGGGAGGAAAACCGGGCUGUAACUGCUGCAUUGGAGGUUUGUACUCACUUGGCAGCCAAAGCAGGUAGCAGCUAUGGUGAGCAGUGGCAGCGGGGACUGCAGCCUGUUCUUACUCCUCUGCCCUGGGAGCUGAGCUCCCGCUGCCACCAACACUUUGUGGUCCCAUUUGAAUCACGGGUACCAGAGGGGCUGCGCUGCAGCCUCAGAAAUGCUGUUGGAGGCUGACUGCUGUCCGUCGGAAGGGUCUGUCUGCCAGCCACGCUGUGGCUUCUGAGCAGUGUCAUGUUGGAAACUAUGCGACAUGUCCUUCCUCUAGGUAUGGCGUGCAUUCGCGUUAGCUGAACGACAGCAGAACAUCCCUGGCAGAGCCUGGGACGGAGCCGCUGCUGGAGGGGGUGGCUGGGUACGGGUUAGGGCGUGCAGUGCAGCAGGAGCAGAGCAGCCCCUGGAGAUCGGGGGGCUAAGCUGCCAGCUAAUGUUGCUGUUUCUUCCUUGGAGUUCAGGGAGGUGUGAGGAUUUACACCAGUCAGGAACACAGCUUGGGUUUAUUUACACACGUGGGCCCUUGCAGCUGGAUGCUGGGUAGCCACUUCGUGCUAAGCCCCUUUUCCCCCCCCCGGCCUCUGAACCGUGAUUGCUCUGACACCAGCUUGUCUGGGACGCAGAAUAGGCACCGCCGACCCAGGUGCAGCUUGUUUCAAUAACAGCUGUGCUGUUUCAGAGCCCCCAGCUCCGGGCUGAUCCCUGUUGCUGCGUGCAAUACAGAGGCCAUUGGCCUU